UUGACACAUGGUGUAGCGUCUUUUGAAUCGUGCAUGUCUAGUCGCGACUCGCAUGUGUUAAUAUAGGUGUCAGGCGGUGUUAAAAUUUUUACUCAUAAUUACAUUGCUUUUUCCCAUAAAAUUUGUAUAUUUCGUUGUUACAAGGAACACAUGAUAUAACCUCAAACCGCAUCAUGGCGAAAACAGUAGCUGAAGCCCCCGUCAUUAAGACAAUUGCUAAGAAAAGCAAGCUCAAGAAUAAGAAGCCCAAACCCAAAAAUCUGAAAGCCGGUGCAGCUUCAGAAGCAGCUCUAAAACAGGUGAAGAAAGUAACCGAAGUGAAACCAAAAUCAGUAGAAGUACAGGUUAAGGAAAACCCAAUACCAGAACAAAUCCUCAAAAAAUAUCCAAUCCUGAAAAAUGAUGAACUCGUCAAGAAGUUCCUGAGUGUGGAACUCACCAACAAUCAGAAGGGACGGAUUCGGCAAGUAUUGAGGGAAAGUUUGAAGGGCACAGCCGAGGACCAACUGCCUGAUGUGAUCAACAACAAGAUUCAAUCAAUUAUGAAGAAUUCACAAAAUCUGAACGACUCUGAGUUAAGACGAAUAAGAAUACUGUAUAACAUGCUGAAGCUGUCCGUGCAUAAAGACAAACCUGAGACAAAAGCCAAGAAUACGAGUAAAAAUAAAAUAAGGAAGGAAAGGAAAAGGAAGGCGAGGGAAGCUAAAGAGAAAGAAGCUAAAGAUGAGCCCCCAAAAGAUAAAGAUAAGACAACAGAUAACGUAGAUGCUAAGGAGAAAGUUAAAAAUAAGAAGAAUGAUCAAGGGAAAUCUAACGACAAUCAAAAAGUUAAGGGGCCUAAGAGAUAUGUUGUCUUCAUCGGAAAUCUGGCUCAAGAUAUUGAUAAAGAAAGGUUGAUGAAGCAUUUUUCGGACAUCAGCGACUUCGUCGUGGACGUCCGCAUCCCGAAACCGGCCGAAGGGAAGAAAAGUUGCAUCGCUUACUUGGAACUGAAGAACGAGUCCAGUUAUGAGUUGGCGCUCUCCAAGCACCACACGAUGCUGGACAACAGACGGAUCAAUGUGUUGUAUUCCACGCAGCAAAACAGCAAGAUCACCAAGACUGAGGCGAAGGGUAAAUCGGCUAAACUAGUAGCGCUACAGAAGUCGGGUCAACUGUCGGGGAGCAUCCCGUUGAAGAAGAAGAGAAGUCAGAGGAGAAUGAAAGCAAAGUUAGCACAGAAGAAACCUGAGCAGGCCUGAAUACUCUAUGUAUUGAUUAACAUUUAUUUCGCUGUACUUUCCUCUCCUCACGUUAUUAAUAUAAAGCAGACAUUUUCUUUAGAAUGUCACAAUUUUGUUGAGUAUUCUAAAUAUGUAUUUUAAAUGUCCUACAAAUACAUCUUAAGUCCA